AUGGCAUCUCUAAAAAAUAAAAAAGGAGAUAUUGAAAUAACCUUAUUUGAAACAAAGGGAAUAAAAUCUGGUGAUAUAUUUGUAAUUAUUGAUCUACCACCAAACAAAACUUUCAAAACUCAUUUAUUUAAAGGACCUGAUCCAAAAAUAUUUGAAAAAUUUGUUUUAGAUUUAAUGACAUUUCAAGAUGAUGAAGUAACAUUAACAGUAAAAGAACAAAAAACUGGUGGAUCAAAAUUUAUUGGUCAAAUUCAAAUUCCAAUAAAAGCAUUAAAUUUACCACAAGGUCCACAGUGGUAUUAUUUAACUGAUAGACCAUUAAAGGAAGGACAAAAACCAAAGAUUGUAACUGGAAGUCUUCAAAUUCAAUUUACUUUUAUUCAUAGAUUAAUAAGAGCCAAAUCAAGAUCAUCAAUCCCAAGAGAAUUUUUUGAACCACCAACUCCACUUACCUCCCAAAAUGAUUCUCAACCAACAUCACAAUCUCAACCAACUCAACAAUGGAAGCCAUCAACAAUUAGUGGUAUUAGUAAUGGUAGUAACAAAAAUAUCAAUAACAAUACAAGUAGUAGUAGUAGUAAUAACUACCUAACAGUUAGUAGUACAACAAGUUGUUCAACAACAUCAUCAUCUUCAUCAUCACCAAAUUCAAUCACACCUGAACAUAAUAUUAAUUAUGGAUAUCCAGUUAGUAUUAGUGUUGGUGGAAAUAAUAGCGGAUCUGAUAUUUUAGAAACUCAAAGAGGUGAAUCAAUUAAUUCAAGAUAUAUGGUACCAUUAAUACCAAUUGAUGAUAAUGAAAAUCAUGGUAGUAUUAUGUCUUUGAAUAAUAAUAGUAAUAAAAAUAUCACUAAUAAUUCCUUGAAUGAAUAUACAAAAGAAGAAGAUUUAAUCAUUGAAGAAACUAUUAAAGAUAAAGAAAGUAUUGUAAAGAAACAAAUUCAAAUUCAAAAGGAUUUAAUUUUAAAAUUAAAUGAAACAAUUAAACAAUUAGAGAAGCAAGGUAAACCAGUUAUAUCAGAGAAAGUGAAAUUAAAGAAAAUGCAAGAAGAUAUUGACGAUAUGGAAAGAUUAAUAAUUGUUCAAUCACAACAACCAACUACUAUUAAAAAGUCAACAGUAGUUGUUAGUACUGCAACUCCAUUACAAAAAGUACCAUCAAAAGGAAAGAAUUUAAUGACAAAAACUGUUGGAAAUAAUAAAUCUAAUGAAAAACUUCUAACUAAAUCAACAUCACCAUCAUCAACAUCACCACCAACUUCUUCAUUUUUACCAUCAUCAUCAUCAUCAUCACCUUCUUCUUCAUCUUAUAAUAAUAAUAACAAUAAUUCAAUGAAUUUAAUUCAUGCAUCAAUUUUUAAUAAUAAUAAUAUAAUGAGUAGUUCACAUGAUGUUGAAUCAAAAAUGAAAAUUUUCAUUGUUGAAUUAGAGAAUGAAAGAAGAUCAAAAGAGAGUGCAUUAGAAGAUGUAAAUUUACUUGAAAGGGAAGUUUUAAAUUUAAAAAGAGAAUUAGCAUCAACAAAAUCCAAUACUCAAGUUAAAUCCUAUGAUGAAUUAUGGUAUAGAUUUAAAAUUUUAGAAGCUGAAAAUCAAUCAUUAAUUCAAGAAAAAGAGAUUUUAAAUGAAAAAUAUAAAUUAUUUGAAAAGGAAUCUGAAAAAUUAGAAAAAGAAUUAGAAUAUGAACAACAAUUAAAAAGAAAAGAAACUGAGAAAAAAGAAUUUGAACGUGAAGAAUCUAAAAAAUUAAUUAAAGAAUUGGAACAAGCUCAAACCAAAGAAAAACUUUUAAUAAUGGAAUUAGAUACUCAAAAAGAAUUAUCAGAUGUAAUGCGUGAGAAAAAGAUAUUAUUAGAACGUGAAAAUUCAAAAUUGGAACAAGAAUUGAAACAAUUAAAACAACAACAACAGCAACAACUAUCAACCAUAACUGGUAUCGUUCCAAAUACUGUCAAAUCAAUUCAUUCAAUUGAACAACUACAAUUAAAAGUUAAACAAUUAGAAAGUGAAAUUGAUUUAGAAAAGAAGUCUAGAAUUUUAGUACAAGAGAAAUUAAAGUUGGCUGAAAGGGAUCAAAAAUUAAUUGAUCGUUUAGAAUCUGAAGUUAAACGAUUAGAAAGUCAAAUUAAAUCACUUACAAAUACAAACGAAGCAAUUGAAAGAGAAAGAAAUAGAGCAGUUCAAUCAAGAGACCAAAUUCAAAAAGAAAAGGAUCAAUUGGAAAAAGAACUUUCAAGUGGUUCAAAUUUAAAAAAUACUUUAACAAAUGGAACACCAAAACAAAUUGAAGAGAAAUUAAAUGAAAUGGUUGGUAUACUUGUAAAUAUUUCACAAAAACCUGAUAGUGCUGCAUCUGCUUCAAUUGCAAAUAAUAAAUUAUUUGAUACUCCCUUAGGUAAAAAAAUUAAAGAUAUCUCUGAAAAAAUUCAAACUGCUACUUUAAAAAAUAAAGAAAUGGAAUUAAAUUUAGUUGAAUUAAAUAAUUCUAAAAUUAAAACUCAAUUAGAACUUCAAUCAUCUUUAAUAAAAUCAUCUUCAUUAAAUGAAUUAAACUCUUCAACUUCAUCAUUAAAUAGAUCAAACUCAUCUUUAAAUAAUAAUAAUAAUAAUAAUAAUAAUAAUAAUAAUAAUAAUAAUAAUAAUGAAUCAAAUUUAAUAAUUCAACAACAAAAUGAACAAAUUUCUUUAUUAGUUACAAAAUUAGAAAAAUUAGAUCGUUUAGAAGAAUUUAUUAGAAAAUUAGAUGAUAUGAAACAAUUUCAAUCAAUUAAUUUAUUAAAUUCAUCUACAACAAAUAAUAAUAAUAAUAAUAAUGAACAAUUUAAAAGAACACAUUUAAAUAUGAAAUCGGAAAUGGAAGAAAUUCAAAAGAUUAUAUUAAAUGAUAAGGUUGGUGAAAAAGAACGUAAUGAUGCUAAUGUUAAAUUUGAAAAAUUAUUUCAAGAAUUAUCAAUGACUGAAGAGUAUAGAAGAGAAAUUCAAAUGAUUCAAGAUGAAAAACGUCGUUUAAAUGAACCUUUAAAUUUGAAAUCUUUAUCAAAAAUGAAACCAAUUUAUUCAAUACCACCAAAUCAACAAUCUUUGGAAAUUAGAGAAAGAAUUAAAGAAAAUCCUGAACUUUCAUUAAUUGGUAUGGAUCCAAAAGCAAUUCUAUCAAAACAUCAAAAUGAUUUCCAAUCUUAUCUACUUUCUCGUUCUUUAACAAUUGAUGAAUUAAGAUCCAUUAGAGCUUCCCUACCUAAAUUUAGAACUGAUCAAAAGAAACAAAUGGAAUGGACUCUAUUUUUAGAAGAGAAAAUUGAUCAACUUUCAAAACAACCACAAGCCACUCAACCAAUUCUAAAAUCAAAACCAAAACUUAUAAAUAUUACAAAAUUACCACAACAACCUCAAAAAAUAAAAGGUAAACCUGAUUCACCAUCUAAUCAUCAAAUUUUAUUAAAUGAAUUAUUAAAGAAAAGAUCAAAAAUUAAUUAA